GAGCAGAAGCGGGAGAGGCAGAGAAGAGACAGCCGGGGAGCGGGAAUGAGUGGGGCAGGGAGCGCAGAGCAGGAGGCAGCCCGGGCUGGAUAGGGGGAGGGCGGGAGUCGGCUCCUUCCCACUCCCCUUCUGCCUCCCCUGGGACCGAGGGAUCUCAGCCUCCUGCCGGAGGAUCUCAGCCUCCCAGUCCCUCUCUGUCCUACCUGAGACCCGCAUCCCUCCCGGACUGGCCCCAUGGAACCCAGCGCUGCCCGGAGCCUGCCCUAGGGGGGUAGGAACCCAGCGCUGCCCGGAGCCUGCCCUAGGGGGGUAGGAACCCAGCGCUGCCCGGAGCCGAGGAGCAGAGGAGCAGCAGGGGAUUCCUCUUGGAUUGGGCACUUUAUCUCCCUGGGAUUAUUACUGGGGGGCACAUUCAUGUUCUCUAUCCAGGAUACGCUCUCCCGGGGCGGGCUGAGCAUGAAGGAGGAGCCCCUAUCUGCCGGCUUGUCCUCCGUCCGCUCCUGGAUGCAAAGCUCCGGCAUUCUGGACUCCAGCACCGCGGCGCAAAGUGGCAUAGGCCUGGCCCGAGCUCACUUCGAGAAGCAACCGCCUUCCAACCUGCGCAAAUCCAAUUUCUUCCACUUUGUCCUGGCCUUGUACGACCGGCAGGGGCAGCCGGUGGAGAUUGAGAGAACAUCCUUCAUUGACUUCGUGGAAAAAGAUAAGGAGCAGAGUGGGGAGAAAACCAACAAUGGAAUCCAUUACAGGCUGCAGCUUCUCUAUAGCAAUGGGCUCAGGACAGAGCAGGACCUGUACGUACGGCUCAUUGACUCCAUGUCCAAACAGCCAAUUAUCUAUGAAGGACAGGACAAGAACCCAGAGAUGUGCCGAGUACUGCUCACCCACGAAAUCAUGUGCAGUCGGUGUUGUGACAAGAAGAGCUGUGGGAACCGGAAUGAGACUCCCUCUGAUCCAGUGAUCAUAGACAGAUUCUUUUUAAAGUUCUUCUUGAAAUGCAACCAGAACUGUCUAAAAAAUGCAGGGAAUCCUCGGGAUAUGAGGAGGUUUCAGGUUGUAGUUUCUACAACAGUAAAUGUAGAUGGACACGUUCUCGCGGUUUCAGACAACAUGUUCGUUCAUAACAACUCUAAACAUGGCCGAAGGGCUCGCAGACUGGAUCCCUCAGAAGCAGCCACUCCAUGUAUCAAAGCUAUCAGUCCAAGUGAAGGAUGGACCACCGGGGGCGCUACUGUCAUUCUUAUAGGGGAUAAUUUCUUUGAUGGACUGCAGGUUGUGUUUGGCACAAUGCUGGUGUGGAGUGAGUUGAUCACGCCCCACGCCAUACGGGUCCAGACGCCCCCGAGGCACAUACCGGGAGUGGUGGAAGUCACCCUGUCCUACAAGUCUAAGCACUUCUGUAAAGGCGCCCCAGGCCGGUUUGUCUAUACAGCUCUGAAUGAACCAACCAUUGACUAUGGCUUCCAGAGACUACAGAAGGUGGUUCCCAGGCACCCAGGGGACCCAGAGAGAUUACCCAAGGAGGUGCUAUUGAAGAGAGCAGCGGAUUUGGUGGAGGCUCUGUAUGGAAUGCCGCACAAUAACCAGGAUAUUAUCCUGAAACGAGCUGCUGACAUUGCUGAAGCCUUGUAUAGCGUCCCCCGAAACUCCAAUCAGCUUUCCUCACUGACAGCCAAUCACCCCCACUCAGGCAUGAUGGGAGUCAACUCAUUCGGCAGCCAGCUGGCCAUUAACAUUGCUGAAUCCUCCCAGGCAUCUGAACAAGGUUAUACCAGGAACACCAGUAGCGUCUCCCCACGUGGCUAUGUGCCCAGCUCAACCCCCCAGCAGUCUAAUUACAAUACCAUCACCUCCACUAUGAAUGGAUAUGGGGGGACAGCCAUGACCAGCCUUGGGGUCCCUGGAUCUCCGAGCUUCCUUAAUGGCUCCACGGCUAAUUCUCCAUAUGCAAUUAUGCCAGCAAGUCCCCCGCUUGGAGCAUCUUCCAUCACCCUCCCCUCCAGCGCCAACUCUGCCACCACAGGAGUCUUCUCCUUCUCUCCAGUCAACAUGAUCUCCGCGGUCAAACAAAAGAGUGCCUUUGCGCCAGUAGUGCGGCCGCAGACCUCUCCGCCACCGACCUGCACAAGCUCCAGUGCAAACAACCUCCAAGCCAUGUCUGGCCUCAUUGUGCCACCAAUGUAGGUGGAGAAAUCCAAAACCCGAGGAAGAAUAACCACACAAAGGAAGAACCAGUAGGUAAGGUGGAGCCAGGCGUUCUUAUUGGGCUGCAGAUACUGGAGAUAAAGAGACUGAAAAGCCAGGAUCUGUCACAGCGCGGUUGGUGGAACCAACUGAGAUGCAACAUUCCACUUUUAUUGAAACCCAUCAUUUUCCUACAAGCGAAGGGGCUGAAAUCCACUGAAAAGGUCGUAUUGUGCCUUUUCAUUUCUGCCUUUGACGAAAGACAUUUACACUUUUAGGACCAAACAACUUUUUUUUCUUCUCAAAUCAAGUCGGUUAUGGACCAUUUUUUUUUUUCCUAUUACGAUGAAUUAACUGGAAUUUGUAACUUGUGAUUACGGCUAAAGACGCAUAGUCAUACUACAGGCCGAUCACUUUCCCAUCUCUGUCCUUUCAUCUUUCACUGAAACUGGAUCCAAUGGAGAACGUAGUCGAGGGAGACUGGCCGAUCGCACCGCGGCUCCAAACUGAGAGACGGAGAAGUCGGAGGGACGAGUCCUUGAACGCUUUCCCUCGUCCGUAUGAAGGGUGGAUUCUAAAGAACCAGUUUUUGAGGUUCCUCAUCUUUAUCGAUUAUCUCUCCUACGAUCGCGGCAGUCGUUUCCACAUUUAUGGACCACGCCCCCUUGUGUGUAGUCCCUCCUUUUCAGCUGCACCGUGACAUUGCCAUUGUAGCACUUAACCCAUACGCAGUACCGGACAUGAUUUACAGGUUGGGGGGGGGGGGCAAACCAAGUCUUUUCUAUUGUGCUUUCCCUCUUUGAAACUGCUCUAACGUGUAAGUCAGAAGUUAAUGAGCACAAUAUGUAUGUGGACCAAGUCAUUGAGCCUUAGAACACAGUAAGAAAGAUGGCGACGGCGAUUGGUUUUUACACAACACAGAACCUUGUCGACCACUUUUAUACGUUUGACCUCAAACCCAGCGCAAAGCACAUGGGAGCGAGCUGAACCCGCCUAUACCUUCUAUACAUUAGCGCUUAGUUGCUUCCAAUACACCUCCCUGUAGGCUCCUUUUCUCUGGCAAUUGGUGGCGGGGAUGUCGUUUUGUAAUGCCGUUUCUAAUCCGGUGGCCUUAGGCAUGAAUAUAAAGGGCUAGGUUAGAGACGCAGAAGGUUUCCCAGCACUCAGACAACACUUUCCUUAUUUAUAAUGUAUUUAUUCACCCUCUCCCUAGUACAGAGGCAUUCCUGUAGCCUGUUUGUAUAUUUGUGUGCAAUAAAUUCCUACUGCAACAGGCCUCUUAGGAGCAACGGUUCCCUCUUCUUGUAUCAAUAAAGAGCCUUCUCUCUCACCCUGUAGGCACUCAGUUAACGUAAGAUGGGGGGCGGGAGGGAAAACUCACACAAUCCUUAUACCUGUAGCGUCUGUAAGACAACCUGUAAGGUUCUUUGUGUAAAAUGUAUGCAUAUCUUGUUGUGAAAGUAAGACGACCAAUCAGUGGUAAGCUGUCCCACAGUCCUGACCAAUCCACUGGCUUCCAUCUUGUUUUUCUUCUGUACAAAAGAACAGGAAACUACUCUCUACAUCUCUAUGGCCAACGUAAGAACCCAGGAAUAUACUGUCUAUCUCCUACCCAAAGACUGAACCAACCAACCAACUCAACCAGCAGGAGCAAUUACCAAUGGGUUUUUGAUCUAUUAUUAUUAUUAUAUAUAUCACUUAUCUUUCCAUCAAAGCCUUCUGCUAAUCAUCUUUCAGUCAACGGGCUGCAUGGUUGCUUGGGUAAGUGGGACCCUAGCAACUAAAUAAUGGUUUAGAUUCCAAACUAGUGAGGUGAAGACCAACUCAAAACAGUUAAAUUACAUUUAAUAGAAAUAUCCUCUUUAAAUGACUUUCAUUGGAAUGUAUAGAGAAGCAUGGCUGGAAUACUUCCACUGUUCUUUUUGUUCCGUGGUUCUCCAGUAUGAUGGCUAUGUGGUUGCUUGAUUGGGUUGGUGUGGCCUACCAGAAGAUCAAAUGCCCAUCAGCGCCAUCUUAUAUAUAGGCCUACAACAGCUGUUUAGCACUGGCUACUUCUUACAGUUGAAGGGAUGGCUGGGCCUAGAUAUUGAGUUCUUAGGAUUCUUUUGGAAGUCUAUUCUGGCACUGUUGCUAGGGCAAUGAACCCCAGCAACUGCAAUAGUUUGAAGGGCAGAUUGUAAAAGAUGGGGACCUAAAAAGAAAGGAAAGUAGUGAAAAAGAAACCUUGGGUCCUAUAUGGUGACAUUGGUUUCUGGGACAUAGAUGACUUGCCCAUACUCCUGUAUGGAUGGGGCAUACUGAUAAGUGGGCAGGGUUUUGUAGGAUCAGGGGCAUAACUGGGAAAGGUCCUGCUUUAAUAUUUAAAUGUUGGGGGUGUGUUUAUGAUAAUGUCCCUCUAACCCCAGAUGGCGGCAGAGCGCUAUUUAGACAUCAGGAAGAGCUGCGUGUUAGUGACGAGCGAACUCCUUCCGCCAGUAAUUGCAGACUUGUAUGCCUCCAACUGUUCCGCUUGAACCCCCAUUUUCUUACAAAAUGUUAAAUUCCUUUCAAAACAACAUUUCAUUCCUACCUGUCAGCUUACUCAUGAAAUAAAAAUGUAAAAACCUGA